AUGUCUGUAGAAGACUCUUCGCCAUGCUCCCCGCGUGUCAACGCCACCACACGACCACGUAAGAUUUGGACCCCUGAAGAAGAUGUGACAUUGAAGACGCUCGUUGCUCGCUACGGAGACGCACGAGGCCCCCAGGGACACUGGAAGGAUAUUGCCGCUGCACUCCAAGACCGCACUGCCAAGGACUGUCGAAAGCGAUGGUUUCACUCUCUUGAUCCGUCUAUCAAAAAGGGUCGAUGGACAACACAUGAAGAUCAGAUUCUAUUGUCGGCUUAUGCCCGGAUGGGCCCCGCAUGGCACGACAUCGCCCUCCUGAUACCUGGGAGGAAGGAUGACCAAUGUUCGAAAAGAUACAUGGAUAUCUUGAGUCCAAAAGUCAAAGACCGCCUUAGCGGAUGGUCACUACAAGAAGACGAAAUUCUACGAGAAGGUGUUCGGACGCUUGGUCACCGGUGGUCUGCUUUAUCGGCAAAGCUGCCAGGCCGGCCACCUCUCACCUGUCGUAACAGAUGGAGAGCACUAUCAAAAACAUCGAAAAGGCCUCUAGAUACAGGAACACCUUCCCCACGGUCACUUGCCACAACGAAUCGUGGCGAUGCUACGACAUCAGAUGCUCCCGAACCCUCCUUAAACUCGCUCCGAGUAGCAACUGAAGCUGAUACCGACAUCAGCAACGUCAUCGAUAUCGAUGAUAUAGCCACAUCUAUGGUGGAUUUGAGCACAGGGCUAUAUACGGACGACUUUCGCUUUGUCGGCGAUGCAGCGUCAUACGAUUCAAUCCUAAACCAUUCCUAA